AUGAGUGACUGUAAAGGUGCUAACACACCAAUGGGAAAAGGUUUCGAAUAUAACAAAGAUGAAGAAAUUAUAGAUGUUCCUUUUAGAGAAUUGAUUGGUUCUUUAAUGUUUGUAUCAACAUCAACAAGACCGGACAUAGCAUUUGCAACAUCAUAUUUAAGCCAAUUUUUAGAUAAACGAACAAAGACAUUAUGGACACAAGCCAAGAGAGUCCUCAGAUAUUUAAAACAUACUAUAAAUAUUGGACUACAGUUUAACAAAAGUAAAGAAAAUUCCAUUAUUUGCUACUCAGAUGCUGAUUGGGCUGGUUGUAAUGUGGAUCGAAAAAGUGUAACCGGUUCAGUGACUUUGUACAAUAACAAUGUAGUUGCUUGGUUGACACGAAAACAAAAUUGUGUUGCCUUAUCAACGGCAGAGGCCGAAUAUAUUGCUGCAGCUACAAGUGCUUGUGAUUUAUUAUAUAUAAAAGGACUUUAUAUGGACUUUAAGUGUGUGAAAAAUGUUAGUGAUAUAAAGUGUACUUUGUUAAUGGACAAUAGAGGUGCUAUUGAAUUAACUCAGUCUUAUGAAAACUCUAAGCGAGCUAAAUACAUUGAUAUUAAGAUGCAUUUCAUAAAAGAUUUGGUUGAUAAAAAGAUUUUGGAUAUUUUUUAUGUUUCUCUACGGAGAAUAAUUUGUCAGAUUUCUUUACUAAAA